AUGGUUCUAAGCACAAUGAAUGCGAUGGUGGUUGAGGUACCAGAGAAUGGUUCCAAACCCGAGUUGAUCAAGAAGCAGAUCUCUCCGCCCAUGUUGGAACCUCAUGAGGUACUGGUCAAGGUUGCAACUGUUGCACAAAACCCAACUGACGUCCAAGCUUUUGAUCUCAAUCUCUUUGGGAACGGCGCUGUGCUUGGUUGUGACUUCGCUGGUAAAGUCGAGCGUCUUGGCAAGGAUGUCACAAAGGUUGCUGAGGGCGAUACAAUUGCUGGUCUCCUUUGGGGUGGUGAGAUCAAGGGCCUAGGAGCAUAUAGCGAGUACACCAAAGCCCAUGAGAGCAUUUGCUUCAAGGUUCCAAAGAGUAUCUCGCUCCCAGAGGCUGCCACUAUACCACUGGCAUCUCUGACUGCUUGGCUUGCACUUUUCUCGAGGGACAGCUUAAACAUUGACCGUAACAAGCCAGACAACACCGUCCUGAUCUGGGGUGGAAGCUCGAGUGUUGGACAGUACGCUAUCCAGAUUGCAUCAAUGUUUGGCUUCAAGACCAUCACAACCUGCAGCCCUCACAGUUUUGACCUCGUCAAGUCGUUUGGAGCUACUCACGUCUUUGACUAUAACGACUCCAACGUGGUGAAGUCCAUCAAAGACGUAGCACCUGAUUUGAAGUAUGUUUUCGAUACUAUCGGGAACAAGACAUCGUCUGCGACGGCAUCCGAGGCUAUUGAUGAAAAUGGUGGCACCCUUUGCACCGUUAGACCGGAUAAGAGCUUCACCGAGAACGUAACCAAGCAGACCCGAGUUACACCUGUACUUGUCUGGACUGCAUUCAACCGGGUGAUCCAGUACAAGAAGGCUUCAUUCCCGGCUAGUGAGGAGGAUCACAAGCUGGGCAUUGAGUUUAACGACAAGCUCCCUGGCUGGAUCGAUGAGGGCAAGAUCAAGCCUAACAAGCCCAAGGUUCUUGGUGGACUGGAUGCCAUUCCGCAGGGAUUCCAGGAACAUAGGGACGCGUUACGGCGACUUCGACAACCGACCACUGUGGUCAAUUUUUUCCUCCUCCUACUCCAACAUUCGAUCGAUCAUACUGCCACGGUCAAGAGCAGUGUGCGCCCGAUACCAGCCAGUUUUGUAAUUGGCCUAUUCGAGACCAGAUAUAGCUUCAUCAUGCGCCUGUCUUCACUAUCAGCGGCGCUCCUUGGUGCGUUCGCAUGGACUACCAGCGCUGCUGAGUUCGACGAUGAAAACAUCAGGAGUAUCUCUCCUUACCUCGACUCGGAUAUGCAAAGCCGUUGGUACGACUUUGGAGGAGAUACCAUUAUUCGAACCGAUUCGUACAUCCGACUUACUUCUGAUCGCCCUUCGCAGUCGGGAUGGAUGUACUCGCGAGUACCCCUCACUGCGACAAACUGGCAGAUUGAGGUUGAGUUCAAGAUUUCAGGCAAGAACCAGCUCUACGGCGACGGUUUUGCUAUGUGGAUUACCCGCCAGCGUGCGCAGAUGGGAACUGUCUUUGGUGGACCUGACAACUUCGAAGGUCUUGGAGUCUUCAUCGAUACUUACAAGAACAACCGCCCUGGCGUCGUCUUCCCCUAUGUUAUGGCCAUGUACGGCGAUGGCAAGACCUCUUACGACAAGUCCAACGAUGGAAAGCACACCGAGCUCGCUGGGUGCUCGGCGCGUGGUAUCCGACAUGCCAGCAUCCCCACCAAGUUGCGCCUGACCUACUUCCAGGACAAGCAGCUCAAGCUGGAACUUCAGUACAAGGUUGAGGACGAAUGGCAGACAUGCUUUGAUCUCGAGGAGCCCCCGGCUGUCCCCAACAUUGCCUACGUCGGUUUCACUGCUGAGACUGGUGAGCUUAGCGACAACCACGAUAUCAUCUCCGUCGCUGCCAAGAACUUGUACACCCAGCCUGGCAGUGGUGGCAACACCGGCGGCAAGUCCUCCAGCAGCAAGAGCAAGUCACGCAAGGGUACUGGCAAGACUACCACCGGUCAGAAGCAGGGUAGCAGCUGGACAUGGUUCUUUACCAAGAUUAUCCUUUUCAUCAUCGUUGCUGGCGGUGCCUACGUAGGCUACACAGCUUACCGAUCCAAGGCCAAGUCGCACAGAUUCUAA